AGAGCGAAACUAGUGAAAAUAUUCAUGAACUAACAUGUAAUCACAAAGUUUCUAUCUUAAUUGCAUUGAAAAACACAACAACAACGCCUGAAAGUAGUCAAAAUUGCAAGUUUCAAUCGUUUAAACAUGAAUAAACAUGUAAAGCACGUACACAUUUCUGUGACUUAAAAAUUCACAUGCUAUCGGAUCGUGGUUUUAGCAGUAUGGCAUUUUAAAGCUGAUGUUCUUAGCUGAAGAACCAGGCUAAUGCCACAUGCCUAUGACGUCUGGUAGGGUGAUUAUGGAAGCCCAAUCGAUGAUUAGUGCCAAAAUAGUGCAAAAAAUGAACAUGUCAUCACUUGGGAGGACAUAACUUUCCAACUGGACAUCAUAGGUAGAUCGUAUUAGCCGUAUUUUUUAGCUGUGAAUAUAAUCUUUAUUUUAGCAUAAAAUAUAAACUGAAAUAUGGCCUUUGUCAUGACUUAAUUUGGCCAAAUGUCUACCAAACGCUCAAAAAUUGGUCCAAAACUCGAAAUUCCCCUACAAAUGAGCGAUUUUUCUCACUAAACUAGCUGAAAAACAAGUUCGUCUCAUCCGCAGAGACACUUUAUUGAAAAUCCAAAUGACAAAUAUGGAAAGAUAUACAGCUAUUUGCAUGUAAUAGGCCAAAAUUCUCAACAAAUUGACCAUUUUUGGUACCAAAGAGUGAUUUUUAGCCCAAAAGGUAGACAAAACAUGAUUUUUCUGGUUCAGUAUGUUGAGAAAAGUUGUUCAAUUAUACGUUGGCUACAAAAUUGUUGAAGAUAGUGAUCAGAAAAAUUUGAUACGCUGCGAGUUAUGGUUGAAGAAUUGAAAAAAUCGUCCAUUUUUUCGACAUUUUGUUCCAUAGCACCUACUAGAUGGGAUUUUUCAUGUAUAGUUUGUUCAUCAAAUUUGUUUAUUGGACUCUUUGCUACAACUUCGUUCGAAAAAGUAAGACAAUAUUUCCGAUUCUGGAUGAGUUAUUGACCAAAAAGUGAUGAGAUCAAUAUUGCAAAAAUCAUAUAGAACAAAAAAAUUACAAAGGCCGAAAAAAAUACCAACCUGAGUCAAAAUCGCAAAACCCAGCGAGGGUUAAUACUAGAGAAUUUAUUCAAUUUCAAACGGUUGCUGCAAAAGCAAUAUAUAGCGCCAAAAAAAGUAUGAUAGAUUCAUGUACAAGAAUUCACAAUGCAAAAUCGCUUCAUAACGAAUAUUCAAUCGCUUAAUCAACCCAAAACAAACUUUGAAAUAACAUAUUAUCACAGAAUUCGUCAUAACACCGAUAAAUAGCUAUAAGGAAAACAACUAACAUUGGUAACAAAAAAUUGUAUGGAUCAGAAGAGAUUCAGUUUUUAUUGAGUUUUUGACAACAAAUAAAGAAUGAAAGAAUUGGUGUCAUCAAAAAAAUUAUUGGUCUUUUCAAACUGCACAACUUUGCUAAAGACAAUGAACAAAUAUCUAUUGAAAUAAAUUAUUUAUUUUAAGUUUUGUUGACCACUUGACAACAUACUUUACUCUUCACCAUACAAAGCCAGUUAAACGUACACUACUUUCAAUCUCACCCAUAUAUGGACCCAGUGUUGUCCAUUUUUACAAAAUGAAAAACAUUCUAAACAUGUGAGUCAAAGACAAAAGUUUAUUCAAACCUUACAAAUUUCUGUAAAAAUGGGUGUUCAGUUGUCAAAAACGAAUGACAAAUAACCAAAUCGUUCUUAUCUCAAUCCAUUUUGUUCGAUAGAAUAAUACGUUGUCUUGUUAUCUGUCACAAAUAUUACAACUCGUGUUUAUAUUGAGUUUUGACCAAAUUUCUUCUCAAUCUUCGACACAUUUUAAAUCAUAAUAGCUGAAAUAGAUUAGAUAACAAUGCGUUCGAACUUCAAUACACAAAUCAAUAUGGAUUUGCUUCAGUCACUUAAGUGAAUUCACUUCAAAAUAUCGUUUUAAACGAAUAUGAAACUCAAAAUGAAGUAUCGAAAAUAUUUUGCGUUCAUAUGUUUCGUUAUAGUUCUGUUUUAUUUGCGCUCGAAACACAUUUCAGGAGGUAAUCAAAUAAGUGCAAUAAGUGAAGCACAACUCGGUGAAGUGGAUAUAUAUGAAUUGAUUACGUUGGUUGGUUCAAAUAAAAGUCUUACGUAUGAAGCCAUGGAAUUGUUCAAACGGAAGUAUUCAAAUAAAACUGUUUUCAUCACCGAUCCACACAUGGAAGCUAAAUAUUCUACAAUUUACGGUAAUACCGAGAGAAUUUUCAUCUGCCACUUCGAUACGGCUUUGGAAGUGUUGAAAAUGUUCGGCCAUUUGAUUUCAUCCUUGCGAGUUGAAUAUUCAGAAUCCUACAUAUCUCGGAAUAAUCCAAGCAAAAUCAAUAAAUUCAUCAAUUUAUACUGUUCUGCAAGUCUGACUGAACUCAGUGUAGACGCUCGUGACGUCAAUCUAUUCAGAGAUAUGAUAAAACCAUUCGAAAAAGUUAAAGUUCUUUUUCUAGGUGGUCAAUUCAAAACUUUAGCCAGCUCCGAUCUUUCAUUCGUCGAACUAUUUCCUGCGGUACAUGAUUUGUAUUUGCAGCAUCUUCAAAUUACUAACAAUAAAUGCAUCGACCAAGAAUUUAUCCAUUUAAAAUACUUGUACGUGCAAUUGUGUUACAAUGAUGAACCGACACAGUUUUGUUCCAAUGAAACUGAUAUUGAAAAACUUCUCAGAAAAAAUCCACAAAUUCAGGCAUUGUCAUUGACUUACAGCAGUCCAAAAUUUUUGAAUAUUGUCUACAAAGUCCUACGUAAUAUCACCGAUCUCACUCUUAUCAGCUAUAAUCCACGUCGUGAACCAAAUGAAGGUGAUGCUGAAGAUAUCAUCUUUGAAUAUGUUACGAAUUUCACGCUGGUUACUGGAAUGGGUGAAGUACCUUUUAAUAUAUUUUUCAAAAAUCUCAAGGAACUACACAUCGAAGCUACUUCAGAUUGGUUCAUAUUGGCCGAGAGAAACCAGAAUUUGGAGAAGUUAUUCAUGGAUGGAGGAUACGUUGAUAAUGAACAGUUUAUGAGAAUUGUAGGUGUCGAUUCCAAAUUGGUUGAAACAACAUUGUACAUUGGUGAAAAUGUGUGGGAUGAAAGUGUUAUAACAUUCAUAAAGAACAGUAAACAUCUAAGGAAGGUGACAUUUUUCAGCGAAAAUCUAAAACUAUUCGACAACAACUUUUGGCUGGAAUUCAAAGAUGAAUGGAGAAUAACGCAAUUUACGGUUGCAACGAUGUUAGAACGACAAUUUUGGACUAGUGGUCUAGAAUGAUUUUAAAUCAUCUUAUAUUCUUUAUUGGUUAGAUGCAUAUUUAUGCACUAAGUUGUUGAAUAAUUUAUAUCUCAUUCUUAAUAUAAAUGGACAUGAAAAAAUCUGAAAACUUAUACAAUGUAUGAAGGAAGAAAUACAAUAAUAAUCGACUUACCGAUUUAGUGCAUUUUUUUAUAGAAAUUCACGCCCUCGAAAACGAGUCCAAAAAAAGUCAAAAAUCACAAAAUUUGACGAAAUAACUAUUAAUUGGCAAUUUUGACAAGAAAAAAUAAGCAAAAUUUCAUGAAAUUCUCAGAAAAAAUUGAGUUUAUGUAACAAUUUGGAGAACAUUUCAUAGCGAUCUAAUAACGUUAAGAAGAUUUUUUGCAACUUUCAAUUUUUUUUUCCGUGGUUUCGUCUUACGUGAACGGGACCAUAUGGAGCUCCUUUCUUGAAGGCUUGAUUUUUGAAAUCUUAAGCAUUCAAGAGUGAUCCACGAGUAUUGAAUGGGAAAAGGGCCGGCUAGUUCGAUAUGUAUUCAAAUUUAUUAACAUUAUCACGCAUUUGUCACAUAAUCUGUUUUUUGGGAACAAAUUUUAAGUGAAACAUUUGUGCCUAGAACGGUGUUUUAGUCAUUCAAAAAGUAUUACAUAAAUCUAUUUUUGUGCGAAUGACUUAACGGUUCUUGUGUUAACAUAAUGAAAGAUCACACAUAUUUUGCUGCUUUCUUUUCGUAUGCAAAUAAACUAUUGAAAUCAAUGUAUU